UAUUGUCGCUGUCGCUGCUGCUGCAAUCGUGUGCUACUGCUGCUGCUCUUGGUGGGUGGCUGCGGCGCUGCUGCUAUUGCUACUGCUGGUGUUGCUGCAACGCUGUUGCUGCCGCUGCCGUUGCUGUUGCUGCCCUUGAUCCUGGCUUGGUCUACUUUCUCUCUCGGGGUUGGACAUCGUAGUUCCUACGGAAAAUCAUCCCCAACCUGGUACUGCUUCUUCCUUGCUGCUGCGUUCCCCCUCAAGAAAUCCCUUCUCACGCCAACGGUGUUCUUUUUCUCCUGUUCCUGCUGCUUGUCAACUUCCUGCUUUGGCUCCUCCUGCUGCGGCCAUUUGGCCAUCUGCUUGCUGCUCCGCAGUUUGUUGCGCCUUGCCUCCUGCUGCUGGUCUCUCUCCUGCCGUGAAUGUGCGCCCCCGCCUUCUACUGCUUCUCUUCCGCUGCACUCCGUGUCUGCUUCCCUAGUGCUCUUCUCCUUCUGUUGCUCUUCUUUCUCCUGGGACUGCUCCACCUUCUCCUCACCUACUGCGGCAGCUGUUCUGCUCGGUCUGCUGCUCCCGCUGCUCAUUUCUUUCCCCUUCGUGCUCGUGUUCCUCCUGUUGCUGCUGCUGCUGCUCUGCUAUUGCCUGCCACUGCUACGCGUCUUCACGCCGUUUGCUCAGAUGCUUUUAUGUUUUGCGCCGGGGGGGGAGUGCCCCGGCAGUUGUGCGCCGGCGCGCGAUUUCCUGCCCUGCGCCUUCCAGCAGCCUCAAGUACCCAGUAACACGAGGCACAUGACGCGCAGUGCGUACAGUGCAUCAACGCCGUGUGCGGUGCCCAGCAGAAGGCUGCUCCCCCGGGUAGCCACGGGUAUCCCGAAGCUGCGAGAGCAAGAAGUUGUGUGGCUUCACCUCUUCCUCCAGAAGUUGCUUUUUCUCCUUUCUCAUCCCCUGCUCUAUGUCAGCGGGACGUCUGCCACCGGUGCAGCUGUCGUUUUGCAAGAAGGCAGCGCCUCUCGAAAAGUGCUAGCACGGCAGCGUGGUGCAUCGUCAUUGUCUACUCAGGAGAUGCAUCACAUGCGCAGAUUAGAAUUUGUACGUGUGCUGCCGUCGGCCCUCCGCUGCGGCAUUACUGCGGCGCGACCCCGCCCUACCGACGUUGCUGAUGGUGCUGCUGCGUCUGCUCCUGCUCGACAGCGAAUACCAACCUUGCUGUCGCUCGUAUGGAUCCCGCUUCAGCAACUAGUGCUACGAAGCCAGCAAUUGGCGUGUUUGCUGCAGGCUUCGGCGCUGUUCUCUUCCGUCAUCGAAGAGAACUUCUCUACGUCUGUACCCGAUGAGCCUGUACGUUCGCCGUAA